AACCAUUAAGCACAGUCAAAGGAGGAAGCGCAGUUUGAAAACACGCUUGAACUUUCGUUACUGGGGUUGAGCUGACUUACUGUAACAUAUAUUAGUUGUUCACCAUUAUAGUGACAAUGGAGAGGAGGGUAGGGACAGUUUCGGCGAUUAAAGCUUUAGGGUACCCGGGCGGUUCCUGCCUCACACGGUGUAAAUGUGAUGAACUUCCCUGUCCGCUGCUCACCUGGCUGACCGCAGAGCUGAGGAGUCUCUGUCCAGAGCUACAAGACUCAAACAGGACAGGUGACGUCUUGCUGGUGGGAGAACUGAGACAUUUACUGUCAAACAUGUUCUCUCCCCUCACUGUGCUGACCUCAGAGGUGCUGGAGCCAUGCAUCCUCAACAGAGUCACUGAGUUCCUUGUAUCAGAAUUGCAAGCAGCUCGCAUAAUCAAGCAUAAGGAAUUGCAUUCUGAGGAGAAAACAACAGGAGAGGAGUCUGGAAAAGAGCAGCGAGUUGAAGAUCACAGCCAUGAACUCGCUGAGUUUUUUCAGGAAUAUGAAGACGAUGAUGUUUCUGACAAAGACCAAAGGAAGGCAGAGAUGCAGGCAGAGUGGAUAUUACUGCUGCACGCCCUCGACAUGGACGUCUCCUCUCAAUUUACAGAUGUGUUGCAUGAGGUGGAGUCAAGGCUUGCUCGUCUACCGUGUGGAGACAUGACAAAACCACUUCUUAACACCAUCCUCAGCUCAGAGCAGUGGAGGCAAGUUGAAAGGAUCAAUCAAGUUCUGUCAAAGGACUAUCAGUGUCGGCGUCAAAUGAUGAUCAAACGCUUUGAGGUUACACUGGAGUCAUUUGCAUGGGGAGAAAAACAAAAGGAACGCAGUGAAGCGCUGGCCUCAGUGCCUCCUCUUUCCUCCCUCGUCGGCUCCUCCCUCGUCUCCCCGUCCCUUCUGAUUGCUGCCAGAGAGGAUCAAUCCUUCAUUGAGCCAAUCAAGGCUAAAACAAGCACCCCCGUCUACAAGACCUUGAUGGGCGAAGUACCAGACAGAGGAGGACGACCAAGGGAAAUUGAGCCACCUAUGCCAACGUGGGAAGAUCGAAGAGCAAAAGGAAACAGAUCAGGACGAGGAAGUGGACACCAUCAACGACGUAAAUUUUCAGAUAAAAAGAAGAAAGGGAAAAACGAGUAACAUGUCUUUCUCUGUGGCUUUACUGCUUAAUUUGAGCAAUAAGUGAUCAUUUGUCUUUAUUUAAAUCCUUAUUAUGAAAUAAAAUAUGGCUGAGGAAUGCUACAUAUGAUUUUUAUAGUUAUAAAUGUGUGUAACCUGUUUACAGGUAAAGCUUGUCAUUGCUAUAAUGUACUGGUAUAUGACCAGAUAUUUCUGUUGAUUAUGAAAGAACAAAACAGAAAAAUAAUACUAGAUUUUUGUUUUGUAUGUGUUGGCUUUGCACAUGUAUAUAUAGGUUUGUUUUCUAAAGAAUAAACCUAUUAAACACAGAAA